AAUAAGAGCGUAUAAAGCAAAUGUUAUGAGGUUGUCAAGUCUUUGUGUGCUGUUUCUUGCAGCAGUUACAGGACUGAGAGCCCAGGAAGAGGGAGCUGCAGAGAAGGAAUGGCCGGAGUGCGAUUCUGCUGCUGCUGAUAAGACAGCAAUCAACCCCCUGUGCGAUCCGUGCUCUCCUAAAGUCUACGUAGAGUACGCCAACCCGCUCAACACAGAGGUGUAUCAGAAAGCAACUGGCCCUUUACUUAGAAACUAUAAUCUGAAGGGCUGGACUCGGUUUAUGAGCGGCACAGGUAAGCUGCUGACCACUUGCCCCCUGAGGUACAGUUGUGGAGGUAUCUACCCUAUCUGGCUCAACUCAGAGCACCCUGAGGAGGAUGCUGGUAUCACUGACGGAGAGGUGUGUGCACAUUUCACUAGUGGUAACUGUUGUACCUGGAAAAGAGCUAUCCGUAUAAAGAACUGUGGCAGUUACAUGGUCUAUCUCCUGACUUACAACUCUCCAGUAUCCAGCUCUUAUAACGGCGCUUACUGUGUUGCUCCGACUGAACAGCCAGACGUGUGUAAUGAUAGUACCUUUACCCUGAAGGAAGACACAAUGGCAAGGGGGGAGCUCCAAACUGCUACUUCUAAUCUUCACGAGCCCAUCGUAACAGAUAAUACCGACAACUGGUUCUCUUUCACGGCUGGUAAAGGGACUAUAAAGAAAAGCUGCCCAGGGCUGCAUCAUUGUGGUUUUAGAUACCCAAUGUGGCUGGGAGGAGAGUAUCCGACAGAAGAAGGUAAAAUAACUAUGUCGAUGGGGCAUGUUGCCGCUACUGCCGCUAACAUCUGCGCCAUCACCCAAUCUGCUCCAGUCUAUAUCGUCAAGUGUGGAUUAAAAUACUACCACAAAUUUCAAAAGUCCACAAAUUACGCUGGUUAUUGCAUAGAGGAAGACUUCUCCGAUGUAUGUGAGAAUGCUGUGGACCUUGCUGAGGAAUGGCGUGGUACAACUAUCGAGAAGACACGUGACCACUGUGACACACUGGGACUCAAUGACUAUGAGAGCUGGUACCGUAUGAAAGUGUACGAGAAGAAGAUGCCGGAUCACUGUGUGGCUCCCAACAAAUGUGGUGGAGACACAGGUUACUAUGUCGGGGAUCUCGGUCACCCAGUUCCAGGCGAGGGAAUUGUAGGUAGAACAUUCCACUACGCCUCAGCCACCAACUGCAAAGCCAACUCUCUUACUGGACACAUCCUCAACUGUGGUAACAAAGAUGACGGAGACGAUUACGUCUACAAGUGGACCAAACCCUCGGGAUGUGACCGUGUGUUCUGUGCAGAGCAGGAUCCCUGCUCCAGCACUGUGUAUAAGAAGCUGGAGGAAGAUUUUAGAGCUGCCAGGGGCCCCAGUACUGAUAGGAUCAGUGACAAUACUCUGGAGCACGGCUGGUACAGAUUCCCCCGGGAUGAAGGUAUCAUGGCUAGGUCCCCUGUCCUGCCUGGACACAGUGGUAUCACCUACCCUGGAUGGUAUGAUGGAGAAUAUCCUCUGGAAGAAGACGAGGAAAAGACCGGAAGAGCCUGUUUCACUGUCAACGGUAACCACUGCUAUCCACAUCAUAUCAGACCUGUGACUGUGAGAAACUGUAAGAACUUCUACGUGUACCAUCUACAACAGACUGCUGCUAACUAUGGUUAUACCUUUGAGCAGGACGUCUGUAAGAAGGACACCGUCAAGCUGGAUCAGGAGUGGAGACUUCAGUACAACCUGGAUGCUAUUGCUAUGACCGACAGUACACUGACGGCUGGUUGGUACGAGGUAACAAUUGGACAAAAGCAGCUAGCUACAGAGAAAACCCUCUAUAAACACGGAGGAACUGGCAAACACCCUGGCUGGAUUGAGGGAGAGCACCCUUCUGAGGCUGAAGGAAUCGUUGAGAGGACAGUGUGGUUCACAACGACUGAUGCGAACACCAAGGGAGCGAGCACUAAAGUUUACAUCAGGAACUGUGGAUCUAAAUAUAUCUACUAUCUCCGACCUUACUCCAACAACUACUUCUACGCGAUCGCAGAUAACGUGUGCCAACAGGGAAGCUACCAGGAGGUAGAUCAGGCUAACAGACUCUACUCUAACCCUUCAGAACUCAACCUCCCCGCCAAUAGCGACAGGAAUUUCUUCAAAACGUACACAGCAUGGUACAGAUUCAUGAACGGUAAUGGUAGACUCGCAGAGUACCCCAAGAUAAAAGGAAAUUGGUGGGGAGGAUUCCAGUAUCCUUAUCAGUUCGAGGAGGGCUCUCAUGCUUCAGUUCCCAAUCCUGGGGAUAUAAGCGAGGAGCUGAUUAUGGAGCACUACAGAAGUCCUGGUACCGGAAUAAGAGGAGGCGUUGACCGGUAUAUCGCCUGGACAUGGAAGCUUACCAUCAAGAACUGCGGUGGUUACUAUAUUUACAAGAUCCCGCCGACUGGUUAUAGUAGAACUGGUCUCGUAGUUGAUGACAAUGAAGAGAGCGUAUGUGAAGCCGGCAGAUACACAGAAAGUGACGACGAAAAGCGACUUGUCUCAUCUACCGAUACCACAACGGGGACCUCUGACUACACUCUGGCUGAAGGAUGGUACCGUUUAACAGCUGGCCUUGGCUACAUGCCAACCUCUACAUUCGUGGGUACACAGUGUUCCACCACUUACCACGGCCACCUACAGUUUCCUCAUCCAACAAAGGAAGAAGGGAUUGUACAGAACAAUGUGAAAUUUAUGAGUACCCAUGCUGGGGUAACUUACAACGUGAAGAACUGGGUAAAGGCCUGUGACGGCUUCUAUCUGUACCGUCUCAAGAAUACCCCUACUGCUGCAACCAGGUAUUGCGAGGCGACACCUGGAUGUAAGAACGCCAGAGAAAUUAAUGAUGAUUGGAGAGUCAACAGCAGGAAAAUGCUGACAGGAAGAUACGAGAGUAGAUAUUUCGGUAACGACGGCUGGGUCUACUUCACCCAAGGUCUGAAGAGGAUCCCAGAGUCACCCCCUCCCAAAGCAGUAGGAGGUUGUAAUUAUAACGGUUACAUAGACUCUCAUCCUAAUGAGGGUGAGGGAGCCGUAACAAGGGUUAUGAGAUUCCCUGGUGUUGAUAAAACGCAAAAUAUCGAGGUAGAGAACUGUGGAGAUAAAUACGUGUACUUCCUAACAAGGACCAUUCAAAACGACUACUGUUACGUAGCGGAUACGGACGUAUGCUCUGAUAACGUGUACAAGGAGGUGGACGAUGUGCGGAGACUAAAAUACUCCCACAAAUACGGAACUGGCUUCACUAGAUUUAACCUUGACAAUCUGUUCAACGGCUGGAUAAGAUACACAAUAGGAACAGGAAGGAUGAUGGAGGAACCUCCAGCAGUGACUAACAUGUGUACCACUGAGUACCAGGGUUGGAUAGAUGGGGAACAUCCCCGGGAUAACGAGGGGGUUGUACAGAGGAAGGUGUGCUGGAAGUAUAACGGUAACGACUGUCACUCUAGUAACGAGAUCUCUGUGAAGAACUGUGGGAAGUACUACGUGUACGGUAUUGUUAAACCGCCUCCCAACAACCAGUACGGUCAUUGUGUCGAACAAGACAAGACCGAGGUAUGCGAGGCAGCCACCAAAUUAAACAACCCCAAGAGAGGAAUGCUAACUCCUACCACUUCAUACGUUAACGAUCAGCUCACGGUGGUGGAAGAUGGUUACUACAGAUUCAUGAGUGGAUUGGGUCGUCUCACUGCGUUCCAAGUCAAGGAUAACAAUUGUGGUGGAACAUACAAAGUUCUUAUCAGUGACGUUCUGGAGAAAGAUGAGGAGAGUGGUGACGCUCUGUUCGCUCUGAGAAUGCAUACAACAGGAUUUACUGGCACUACCUACAGGAACUUAGCACUUAAAUGUGACGGAUACUGGGUAUACAGACUGUUCAAAAUAAACUAUAACCAACUAGCUUACUGCGUAGAGGAGGAUGUGUGCACGUCUAGUGAAAUAAAGAAUAUCUACUCCACCAACGCUCUGCAGUGGGCUGGAGAAAGGACUGGGAACGAAUGGCAAUCUCUGACCUCCGGAUGGUACGAGGUGAAGGUCGGUAACAAGCGUCUUGCUUACUCUCCCUCAGAUCUGUACGAUUGUGGAGCUACUUACCCAGGUUACAUAAACUCUGUCGAGCCCAAGGAAGAGGAUGGUAUUGUACCUGGUAAAGUUUGCUACAGGACCAGCGCUACAGCUGACCAGAGUUCUUGUCAAGUAAUCUCAAUGAAGAAGUGCGCUAACAAGGAAAUCUACUAUCUGAACAGAUCACCAAAUCUUCACUACGCUAUGUGUGUGGAGACUGACGUGUGCGCUAGUGUAGAGGGCACUCCUCUAGAUGAUACCUGGAGACUAGCAGGUGCACCAGUGACAUCGGGCGGAACAGACAACCAGGCUAUUGGUUGGUACAAGGUAACCAUUGGCAACGAGAGGCUGGCCCACACCAGAGAGGAGGCUACAUGUGGAGCUAAAUAUCAAGGCUGGAUGACACUUGGUCGACACCCUGCCGCCUCAGAGGGCACAGUAAACACUAAAAUAUGCUACGACACCGGCAACGGCGCUGAGAGCAACUGCAAGAAGGCUCAGGUGGUGAACUGCGGUGGUCACUACUUGUACCAUCUGGAACCAGCAACUACUUACUACGGAGCCUGUGUGGUAAGCGGUGCUAACGCAAUGUGUGAGGACUAUGAAGAACUAGGGGAGGAAUGGAGGAGUACAGACUACAGUGCCACUCAUACUAAUACAGACACGAGUAUCCUUCCUGGCUGGUACAGAUUCACGACAGGUCGGGGCAGGAUGGCUUCUCACUGUCCUGACUACCUGCACGGAGGUGGUUACUAUCCUUCAUACGCUCUGGAUCUGGUGGAGCCCACUCCUGAUGAAGGACCGAAAGAGUUCACGAUAAUGUGGAGAUACACUGGUAAUAACUGCGCAUGGAUAAAUCAAAAGGGUCAAGUGAAGAACUGUGGAGAUUACCUUGUGUACUGGUUGCCGUAUCAAGGUGCCGGCCGUACUACUUACAACGUUGAGACAGAAGUGUGCGAUUCUUCAUCAUACGAGGUGAUUGAGGAUGACAAUAGACUAGCCUGGAAGGCAACAACCGACAGCCAGUCCGACAGCUCCCUCGCGAUUGGUUGGUACAGGUUCAACAACGGACUCAAAAAGAUAAACGAAGAGUGCACUCCCCAGAAAUACGGAGGUACGGAAUAUCCUGGUUGGAUGGAAGGAGGACAUCCUGAUGUUGGGGAGACAGCAACUAGGAACGUAUAUUUCAGAGCAGGCGCCAACUGCAAACAGACCUCCAAGUCUAUUAAAGUAAAGAACUGUGGAGCCUACUAUAUCUACAAACUGGUUCCAACACUAGCAAGCCGGGCAUACACUGUGGCCAGUGACCCUUGUGGCUCUGAUCCCAGGGAGUUUGACCAGGACGACAGGAGUGUUUACACUCGUAGUGUGUCUAUGAUUAACGAUAAUGGGCUGACUGAGGGGUGGUACCAGUUUACUGUCGGUAACGGGGUGAUGCCCAAGACUGCACCAAUGCCCAAGUCCUGCAGGACAACAUACCCAACAUGGCUAAACGGGGCUGAUCCUAGCCCGGGAGAGGGAGUCGUACAGAGAACACUUUGUGUGGUUAACGGUGUCAACACUUGUCAGUGGCAGAAGGAAAUCAAUGUGAGAAACUGCGGAAACAAUAAGAUGUUGUACUACCUCACAACCUCCCCUCCUUACGUUUACGCUAGAUAUUGUGUUGAAGAUUCAAUGGACAACGUCUGCAAAUCAGCAAAACCACUGGAUGAUGAAUGGAGAGGAGAACGCCAGGCUGGAACCGGUAAAGCUGACAGGAACCUUCCGGAGGGCUGGUACAAGUUUACCGCUCACGCUAAGAGGAUGGCUAACCACCCGGUAAAAAAGAACGUGUGUGGUGCUGAUUACCCUAUCUACAUGGUUGGAGAACACGUUGAGAAGGGAACCUGUUCGCAACAAGGGCUUGAACAAGUCCACUCAGACAUCACCUACCGCUGGAAUGGGAGAUCCGGUACUAUUAUGGAAUGUCAUUGUAUGAACGAUGAUUACAUUUACUACCACGUUCCCAACGUAGUACCUCUGACGUCCUACAACGGGGUCUACUGUGUGGAGGAGGAUCCCUGUAACAACCACGAUAGGAUGACUGGAGACACGAGGAGUCCGUGGUAUACCACCAUUAUCAACAACAACGACCACACAGGCGGUCCAAGAUGGGUUAGGAUAGAGUCAGGACUUGGAGUUAUGCCUAGAUUUGCACCAGAUGCGACCAGCUGUGGAAACAGAAACUCUGGAUGGUACAACGGGGAGAUGCCUGCUGAAGCCGGGGACAUUGUUAAUGGAAAAUAUUGUUUCGUACAUAGUGAAGCUUCUACGUGUAACUAUGAGAAACCCGCGAAAGUUAAGAAGUGUCCUGGUGGAUUCUACGUCUAUCAUCUUCUACCUACCCCCAACUAUCAUUACGGAUAUUGUGCAGAUGCUGACGUAUGUGAUAUAGCGGCAGAAGAGUGGGGAAGGGAAGAGAACCACCGGCUCCAACACACAUCCACCACCGGUUACUACAGCACAACACAGAAAACCGAUAAUACUUUGGGAAGCAAAUGGGUCAAGAUCACAACAGGACUUGGUCGCUUGCCAACUGAAUGUCCUGGUUACAUGUCGUGUGGUACACGGAAUCCAGGUUGGAUGGAGGGAGAACACCCCGUCCCCGCUGACAGAGUGGUGGACAGGAAGGUUUGCUUCUUAACCAGCACUAAAGGAAACUGUUGUGCUGCUUCCAAGAAUAUCAAGGUGGUAUCUUGUGAAAGGAACAACAAACAGUUCUACCUCUACAGACUAGUCACCACGACUCACCUUUAUGGCUACUGUAUUGACGAGUCACCAGAUGAUGUGUGUAAUAUCCCUGAUUCCUCUAUAAAGCACUUCACUGACCAGAGACACGGAACCGGUCACUAUAACGACGCAUCAUUCCUUGCUGACUACCGAGUUUACACGAUCCCCUCAUGGAUGGAAGUGAACAUCCACAAGAAUAUACUUGUUCACCAGCCCCCUGUUCAGUACUUCUGUGGAGCUAUCUACGCUGGUUGGGUUGAGGAUCCUGCUCCUGGACCUAAUGAGGGAGUUAUUGACAGUAGGGCCUGCUACAGGGACUCUAUGGCUAAUGAACAGUGUUACCAGCCCAUGCCUCUCAAGAUGAAGAACUGCAAUGGUAAGAUGAGGUACCUGUACGCUCCAGUACGUCAUGAUAAUAGGAAAAUGUGUGUAGAGGAGGACGUAUGCGAUGCUAACAGCCACGAGGUAUUUGACGGAGAAACAUGGAGACUAGCCUACACAAAGACAGAAGGAACUGACUACAAGAAGGAUUACAGGAAAAUGGAAAUCUCUCCCUACAGAGGAUGGUUCAGAUUCACAGGAGUGGGAGACAACAAGAUAACGGAGAUACAGCAGGAGUACCAGUCCUGUGGUACCCAAUACCCAGGAUGGAUGUUGACAGCGCACCCUUCUGCUGAGGAUGGGGUUGUUAAGAGGACUAUUGCCUUCACUACUACUGCCACUAAUUAUAAUGGCCAGCGGGCUGACAUAUACGUCAAGAACUGUGGUAGCUACAUGGUUUAUAACAUGAACUUUAACUGGUGGAAUAAUUGGGGACUGUGUAUUGAUACUGAUGUAUGCAAGGCCGACGUUGCUGAACUCGACGAGGGUCACCGACUUGUGAACGCUUGGGGCAAGAUCGCCCAAACAGAUGACCGCUCCCUGCCCCGUGGGUGGUACAGGUUCACAAACGGAUUCGAGAAGAUGCCUGAGAAGUGCCCUAUUGCUGAAUCUUGUGGAUCUCUCAAACCAGGUUACCUGUCCCAACCACAUCCUGAUGUAGGAGAGGGUAUAGUGGAGAGGAAGGUGUGUUUCGGAGAUGCUGAUCAGUGCUGCUCCACCUCUAGAGAUGUGCUGGUCAAGAACUGUGGUGCUCACUUCGUCUACAGGCUCUACCCUACUACUACCUAUGAGAAAUACUGCGUGCAGGAGGGCGUUACUUCCAUGUGUAACGCUGACUUAUACACUGAGCUGGACGAGGAGUGGAGAGGUGAGACUAAUGUGUACGAUGCCACUGCUAGACAUGACGACACCCAGCUAACACCAGGAAACUGGUACCGCUUCACUGCAUUCCUGGGUAAAAUGCCGGAAUACUCCAUGUCUAUCAACAGCUGUGGGUUCGUCUAUCCUGGUUAUCUGCAAGGAACUCACCCUACCCGACAAGAAGGAAUCAAAAACUACAAUAUCUGUUUCUCGACGAGUAUGACAAACGAAGGGCAGGCCUGCAAGUUUGCCAGAGUUAGGAACUGUGGUAGUUACUACGUUUACCAGAUGCAGAAACCAGCCAACUAUAAUUACGGUUUCUGUGUAGCCCAGGACCAGUGCAAGGACGCUAGAGAGUUGGAUGAUAGGUGGAGACUUAUUAUUAAUCCUACAAUCAGAUCUCAGAGUAACUCUAACGAUAAUACCGUUAAGAAGGGCUGGUACAGACUUACUGUUGGACACGGUACUAUGCCCACCUACCAGCCUGACAAUAACUACGGAGGUGGAGCGUACCCGUCCUGGAUGGAGGGAGAUCUGCCAGCACCUGAAGAUGGUGAGGUGGAGAGGACAGCUAAGUUUGGCUCAACUACACACGUCAUCAAGAUCAGAGUAAAGGACUGCGGAGACACUACGUAUACUGGCUCCAGCCUACUCCUAACUACCACUACGUGUGGAGUGUUGAUACUGAUGUGUGCUUGCACGCUAACCCACUAUCAGAGGAGUGGAGGAACCAGUUUUACGUGUCCGAGUCACAAGACGACCUACACACCGACUACAACAAGGGUAAGGAUUGGUACAGAUUCACUACUGGAUUCCAGAUGAUGGCUGAGAAGCCUCCUGCCCCUCAGUACUCGUGUGGUGCCAAGCGUGCUGCUUACAUCAACCAGGGUCACCCUAACGUCGAGGAGGGAGUGGUUACCAGAGAAGUGUGCAUAAAGACUGACAGCGAGGGGCUUAACCAGGCGUGUACUAGUAAGGAGAAUAUACGGGUGAAGAACUGUGGAGAUUACUACGCUUACCAGCUUAACCCUGUGGUCCAGGACAUGGCAUACUGUGUAUAUAACCGAAAGACCUCGUGUGAGCCUAAAGUAGUCCACGCUAAAUACGGAGAACUGGCCGUGGUCAACUGUACCCUCAACUCGGAGAAAGAUUUCGAUUCCAGCGAGGUGGAGUGGACCAAGUUAAACUCGGUUAAACUGCCUGCUGACGGUCUCAGUAACAUAGAAAUGUCAGACGACAAAAUGUUGCUGAACAUCAAUAAUAUUGCUGAUCAGAACGCGGGAGUGUACGCUUUGUUUAUACCCAGCACUGAAACCAGCGAACUAGUAGAGGUCAUCUUGUACAGUGCUGUUGAAGCUGGUAAGAAGUUCUACACAGUUAAAGAGGGAGGAGAUGUUACUAUAAAUGUUGAGAUUAACGUUGUACCAACACCAGCUGCGGAUAAGAUUACCUGGGUUAAAGUGCCCAACAAGAAGUUGAACGGAGACAGAUACUCGCUGAGCGAGGACAAGACAUCACUAACUAUCACGGGAGUUACUGCCAAGGAGGCUGGAACAUACAGAGUGUCGGUGAAGUUCGAAGUGGGUGGUAAGAAGUUCAACAAAUCCUCAGACGUUAUUGUUCAACUAGAAGAAGAGGAGGAGGAGGAAGAAUCCGGCCUUGUCAUGUAAACAUUUUUAUGGACAUUUCUGAACAUUUGACACAUUUGGGAGAGAUUUAACACUGUUUUUAAAAUAUCAUAUUUAGAUACAUAUGCAAUUGAACUUUUAGAUUAUUUUUAGACAAGCAUUUACAUAAAUUUAUUUUCGUUGUGUUAAGAUCAAUUCUCACUCAUUUUCAAAAGCAAUUCAAAAA